GUGGGUAUUUCAGCAUUCUACUGCAGGUGCAAGCAUCAACAGACUACAAGAGCACCAUAUAUUUGAUUGUAUGCUUUAAGGAAGCAGGAAUCAUAAAAACAAGGAACAAUGAUGAUCUCAGUCCACUUCACUUUGCUGUUUUUUUGGGUGGCACAAGAUUUUGUGAGCUGUGUUAAUAUGAAGAUACCCGUUGACAUCUUGACUGUAGCGUUAGGGGAAUCUCUAACAUUAAACUGCACCUACAAUUGCUCUCUUGGAUUUGUUCGUGGCUGUUGGAGUAAAGCAUCAGACAACUCUGGCUGCCACGGAAUGAAUAGCAAAAGCAGCUUUUGCACUGUGUCUCUUCAUCUAUCAAACGUGUCCACUGAAGAUCUCAAGAAGAACUACACCUGCUACACACAACAUACAGACGAUUUUAAACUUCCGCAAAAAACACAGCGUAUUGUUUUACUGCAACUUCAAGGUCAAACAAGUGCCCCAAACUGGACAGUUACCCCAAAGACUGAAACUACAAAUGAAACUCUUCCUGCUAAGCCAAAAGAUGGAGGAGAAUUUACUGGAAUUAAGGUUUUAGCAGCAGUUACCGUUGCUGUGGCCACGGUGCUUGCAGCAUUGGCAGUAUAUCUGUGUCUGAGUCGGGGAAAACAGAGCUGCAAUUGUAAAGGGGAGCCAGUUGUGUCCAGGUCAUGCUCACCACUACCUCCUCACGCUGUCCUCUUACCAGUGAAGGGGCCACUGUCAACACAGAGUGACAGAGUGACUUUGAGGAUUCCCACACCAGAUAAUGAGAGUGACACUGAGGUUCCAUAUGCUGACAUAAUGAUCACCGUCCGAGGGGUCAGUACACCAGAGCUCACUCAGGUCGGCUACUUGACCUCUGGAGAUCAAAAAGAGUGGUGGGGAGACGAUUCAAGGUCUCACCUCCAGGCCUCACGUUCAGCUGACAGACUGCACUUCCCCCAGCCCAGAGAGGUCAGCCGCAAGAUGAGCACCAACUCUGAGUAUGCAGUCAUCACAUAUGCCUGACAGAGGUCGUUUUUGCUUGAAGAGGAGAGGAGAGAGGAACACGCGUCUGGGUUUUUUUUUUGUGUGUGUGUGUGUGUGUGUGUGUGUGUGAGAGAGAGAGAGAGAGAGAGAGUGUUAUACAGUGUUGGGCUAGUAACUCAAAAAAUUUAAGAUAUUACUCAUUACUCAUAUAAUCAAAGUAAUUACUUUACUUAUUACUCCCUACCAACAGUAAUUAGUUACACUACUAGUUUACCUCUCUGCUACUCCCCACAAAAUUGGUAAUUGUGUCCUUUCCCCCCAAAAUUUCUGACUUAUGACAAUUAAAAUCCAGUUUUGUUUGUUAAAAUCAAAUUAAUGGAACAUUUUCAGCUACUGAAUGUUUCCGUCUUCCAAACUAGUUUCCACCACGAUUACAAAAAUAAAUCCAAGGUAGUGAUUGUAUUGUUGGAUUUCAAAUCAAUAGAGGGUAACAACAAAAUAAAUAUUAAAUUAUUUUUUGGAGGAGUAACUGUAAUAUUAUUACUGAAAAGCAUUAGUAAUUAGUUACACUAGUAGUUAUUGGGAAAAGUGAUAUUAUUACUGUAAUAUUAUAACUAGUGAUGAGUUACUACCCAACACUGGUGUUAUAACAUGCUAGUACGCGUUAUGUGUCUUUUUAUAAAGUGAUGCUAUUUUAUAUUUACGUAUUAAUAGUGUUUUCUCGUGUGCUCUGUGUUUAUAAUGAACCCGCAUUUAUUACAAAUAAAGCCAUUCAUGUUUGA